CCGGCUGGCAAACCGCGGCGGAGGCUCCUGCAGCGGUCGCCGAUUGUGGGGUGGAGAGCUGCUCUGCACCCCUACGACCUGACUCUUUAAGCUCUCCGCUCCGCGCCAGCCUACCUCGCUUUUCGGCGCCAUGACCACCACCACCACCUUCAAGGGCGUUGACCCUAACAGCAGGAACAGCUCCCGGGUUUUGCGGCCUCCUGGCGGUGGAUCCAAUUUUUCAUUAGGUUUUGAUGAACCAACAGAACAGCCUGUGAGGAGGAACAAAAUGGCCUCCAGCAUCUUUGGGACACCUGAGGAAAAUCCCCCUUCCUGGGCCAAGUCGGCAGGUGCCAAGUCUAGUGGGGGCAGGGAAGAUUCUGAGUCAUCUGGACCCCAGAGAAGGAAUUCUUCUGACGCGAACUCGGGAGACUUCUUAGAUCUGAAGGGAGAAGGUGAUGUUCAUGCUCGUCUGCCAGAAAAUGACAAGGGGCAUGACGAUUCAGACCAUGUCUGGGGAAUCUUCUCGCCCCAGGGACUGAACCUGAGUCUCCUGCAUUGCAGGCGGAUUCUUUAGCACUGAGCCACCAGGGAAGCGCCUGACCAUGUGUAAAACGUGGACACAGACUUGCAGGCCAGCCUGGGGCAGAGCGAGGAGAAGCCUGUGCCCGCCGCCCCUGUGCCCAGCCCAGUGGCGCCGGCACCUGUGCCAUCCCGGAGAAACCCCCCUGGUGGCAAGUCCAGCCUCGUCCUGGGUUAGCUCCGUCUGCCCCGAACUCUGUCGUUCUGUUCCUUUGUUUUUUCCAUGCUUGUGAACUGCA